AUGCCUCCCAAGCGCGCGGCCGCCCGCCGUAAGGGCGCAACCCCAACUCGCCCCGAGGAGCAGACCCCCGAAUCCUACUUCCGUGACAUGAACCCGGCCGCCAAACCCACGCUACCCGACCUUCCCACCAAGCAUUCGUUCGCCUACGGCUCGACAUCGACCCCUCUGCUGCCACGCGAGCUACGAGCGCGACCUCGAAUGGGUCUAGCGGAAAUCGCCGACGCCAUCGACGAGGGCAUUCAGAUGGCCCAGGAGCGUGAGGACGACCAGCACAACACCCGCUCGGCACGGAAACGGACAGCCUCGCCGGUCCGUCGGCGGGAACCCACCCCGGACCAAGUUCAGCUCAUGGGCUCGCUGCAAGAUGCGAUGGACUCGCCUACCCCGACGCCGCCGGUCCCGCAUACCUUCUCCGAAGUGUCCACCCCGGCUUCGCAGGCGGCCAACAAUCUCCACUAUCCGACUCCCAUGAUGCAGCUAGGACCCACGGCGCCGAACGACGCGGAUCUAGAGAGCUCGCUGCAGGUGCACUUCGCCGACAAUGACUCCACCAUCUCGUGGGAUGUCGAGCGCGAGGUCCACGACGACGAUCUGCAGCGCGUCGGGCCGACCAAGAAAGGCCCGCAGGGAAGACGAGCCGCUCUCCAUGCUCUCGUCGUCCCCGUCCCCCCACCGUCGCUCUCCAAGUCCAAAUCCCGCACCCCCGAGCCGGCCGUCGUCGAGUCGGUCAAACGCAAAAGUGCCUCGCCCGCCAGGCCUUCUUCCACCAACCCUCGCGGAGUAGCAUGGCUGUUCGGCUAUCUGGUCCGGAUCAUGUGGUUCGUGGUGGUGGGCGUCGGGUCGAUCAGCGCGGCCGUGUCGUAUGGCGAUGUCAUCGUCGACGUCGCCCGCGACCUCUUCCCCCUGGGCCGCACGAGCCCGUCCGCCAGCCCGAGCGGAACCAAACUAGCCGCCCUGAACAGUCUCAACGAGGUAUUCAAGCUGGGCACGCAGGUGUCGUCGCUGUCGCGCGAGGUUAAGACCAUCAAGACCGAAGUGAAGAACAUCCCGGCGGCCACCACGGUCGUCGAGUCGGGGGGGCGCACGGGCCGAGCCCGCACCAACUUCCUCUCCCUCGGCAUGGGCGUCAUCAUCGACCCGCACAGAACGAGCCCAUCAUCCCGCAUCAAGCAAUCAUACUACGAGAAGAUGUUCCCCGGCAGCAUGGCCCGCAAGCCCCAGCCGGCCCUGACGGCGCUGACGCCGUGGCAGGAUGUCGGCGAAUGCUGGUGCAGCAAGCCGCGCCGCGGGAUGUCGCAGCUGUCCGUCCUGCUCCAGCAGCGCAUCGUGCCCGAGGAGGUCGUCGUCGAACACAUCCCCAAGGGCGCCACGAUCCGGCCGGAGGUCGCCCCGCGCGACAUGGAGCUGUGGGUGCGGUUCGCCAUCGUCGACGGCGCGGCCAACACGCCCUGGCACCAGGGCCUGGCCCACCUCAGCCGCCAGUCCACGCCCCUCGUCCGCGAGGGCUUCUCCCUGCAUGACACCGUCAUCGAGACCCUCAAGCUCGCCUACCCGGGCCAGCCGGAGUCGGCCUACUACGGCGACCCGCUCCUGGGCCUGUCGUUCUACCGCGUCGGCCAGUGGACGUACGACAUCAACCGUCCGCAGCAUGUGCAGACGUUUGACCUCGAUGCGGUCCUCGACAUGCCGUCUCUAAGGGUGGAUCAUGUGGUGAUCCGGGCUAAGAACAAUUGGGGCGCUGAUGAUACUUGUUUGUAUCGGGUGAAGUUGCAUGGACAUUUGUAGUUUUUUUUUCAUCUUCUUCCUAUUUUCUAC